AUGGCAGGGAGCUGCAUCGCCAGCACCAUGGCUUCCACACUGCUGAUCCUGCUGCUGCUGGUGUCUCUGGCCUCUGCAUCUCACUACUACGGCGGUCACUCCUCUUUUGAAGUCCACGAGGGAAACUCCCGUGGAACAUUUCAGGUUGAGUUUCACAACAAAGUAACAUUUGAUGGGUGCGGGUACUCCCACUACUGGAGAUGUUACAGCGGUAACUGUGGCUCCCAAAGCAGGCAGUCCAGAGGCACAAUCGACAGCAGCACCAAUGCACCACCACAUAACCGUCAGUGGUGUGAAACUGAAACUGUCCAGACAAGAUUCAUCCCAAGUGACAAACCAUUUCAGAUGAGGGUUUUGAGCUGCUGCUGGGUCCCAACAGUCAACUAUGUCGGCUCCUGGAGACUAUCAAUGAUGGUGGAUUUGGGAAAAAGGUCUGAUACUCAACAGCCGAACAUGCCUCCAGAUAUCGGCACCCUACCUUUGCUGCGAGUUCCCAGGAACUGUCCGCGGUCAUACAGGCUGAUGGUCUCUGAUCCUGAUGGUGACCGAGUGCGAUGCAGAUAUGGAACUGUCCAGAAUGAGUGCAGCAGGUGCAGCCAGCCUGCAGGCUUUCGCUUAAAUGAGGUUGGUUGA